AUGGCAGAGUUAUUUUUUUUCACAGGAUUGCCAAUUGCCAAUACAACAGAUUUGUUUCUAGUUACUUAUCCUAUAUAUAUUUAUUGUUUAGGUCCAUAUGAAAGAUAUCAGAGAGCUCUCGAAGAACAAGGAAGUGCUGAUGUAGCGUAUGCUCGUCUGAUGUUACUGGGAUCAGCUGGUACUGGCAAGACGUGUCUCAAGCGUUCAUUAAUGGAAGAACCUUUCAAUCCUCAUACUACAAGCACCAUUGUAUCUGAUGUAUCCUCUGUACGACCAUUUGGACAUGAGUGGAAAACAAUGAGAGAAAAAUUGAGAGAUAAAAAAUGGAGAGAAAGCACAGAAGAAGAUGAACUAAAGGAGCUGGCUCGUUUGUUUGAAUCCAGUCUAUCUAAAUCAUCCUCUGAUGUUGCAUCUGAAUCAAGUUUAGUAUCUGGUUCACUUGAUUUAUCUUCCACAAAAAGUAGUGCCAAAUCUUCAGAUCUAGAUGCAAAAAUCAAAGUGUUACUUAAAAGAGCUCGUACAUAUCAAAUGGCAGACUCUCAUGUUCAACCAUUUCUUCAUAUAUGGGAUUGUGGUGGUCAGCCAGUGUUCCUUGAGAUUCUCCCAGCCUUCCUCACUCCUCGUACAAUGUUUCUCCUCCUGUUUGAUGCCUCAAAGGAUUUCAGAGAAAGAUGGCAGUCACGUCAGAAUACUCCUGAUGGUGAAGUGCUGUUUGGUGAGGUAGUGAAUGAAAGCACAAGUGAUCUAAUGGCUAAAUGGAUGUCUACAAUACAUUGUUAUCUCGUAAAGCGCAAAAUAAAUGAUUCAAGAUGCAGCUACUUCAUGGUCAAGCACAACAUAGAUGAUACUUCAUCUUCUCCUAGUCUCUAUUGUAUUGGCACUCGUGGUGACAUGCUAAAUGAAAAGGGCAAGAAAAAAGUAAAAAAGCAAAUACAGUCCCUGUAUGAGAAGAAAGAGUUUGCAGAUCUUAUUGAAGAUGUGCUAAUCGUUGAUAAUACGACCUCAGGCAAAGGAGAAGAAGAAGAUCCAAGCAUUACAAAAUUACGUGGAGCAAUUGAUAGUUUUAUCAGUAAUUUAGUUGUCAAAACCCCUGUUAAUUGGUUUCUCUUUCGCAAAGUUCUUCAAGAGCUAAAGCAGAAUGUCAUUGGGGUAUCUGAGGCAAUUGCUAUUGGAAAAGCGUGUCAUAUACCAGCAGGUGACAUUCCUGAAGUAUUGAAGUUCUAUCAUGAGCUGGGAGUUCUGCUUUACUAUCCCAAAAUAAAAGGGCUGACUAAAAAAGUCAUUCUCAGUCCAAAAUGGUUUGUUGAUACCAUCGGGAAGGUGUUCCCACUAGAAAAAGGAUGGAGUGGAGGGAAAAAAUGGUAUUUGUUGCGAAAUAAAGGCAUUCUUGUUCAACCACUCUAUCAAGAAGUAUGGCAGUCAAGUGGUAUUGAUCCAACAGAAAUAAUUGAAUUUUUAGUUCAUUUUCGUCUUGCAGCUCAAGUUCAAACUAAGCAUUAUGAUAGUACAUCCAAGCAGUAUUUUCUUCCAGCAGUGCUACCAGGAUACACAGGUGAUCCUAAUGAAGUGCGACCUGGUUAUAAGCUAAGAGCCUCACCUUUUGUCAGCAAAUAUUGGAGUUACUAA